AUGAGUAUUUCUGAAAGUCUUUCGGGAGAAAGUGGAGGAUCCACUAAGGACGAAUUAUCUGACUUGUCAAGUGAAUCCAGUGGAUACACAGUGAUGGGUCCAUUGGGACAAGGGACUUUCGGAAAAGUGCUCCAAUGUUUGAAGCAGGACACAAAGGAGACGGUGGCGGUGAAGACCCUGCCAAAGAAAUUCGCCUGGAUCGGCAAAAGAGAGGCGGAAAUCCUUAAGCAUCUGCAGCAGUGCGGCCACGACACGGACACUAUUGUCAAGUUCAACGGCUACUCCACGCAAAAUAAAGAAGUUUUGCUGGAAUUUGAGCUGCUGGACGAGACCAUCAGCGGGUUCAUGUCCACGGUUUCCCGGCCGCUGCAUUUGUCGGAGAUUCAGAUUAUCUCGCGACAGGUGCUGGAGGCGUUGGACAUUCUGAAGAAUAUAGGUCUGGCACAUGUUGACAUCAAACCAAAUAACAUAAUGUUUCUUGACAGAAAACUGCACCCCAUGAAGGUAAAGCUGAUCGAUUUUGGAUUGGCUAUUCCCGUCACAGAAAUGAUCAUCGGCAGUAAGAUACAGAACCCGAACUACAGGGCCCCCGAGGUCAUGCUGGGCCUGCAUCUGUGUGAAGCUGUGGACAUGUGGUCUCUCGGCUGCACCAUGGCUUACAUGUACCUUCGCACUGACAUCUACUCGAGAGUAGCGUGCGAGCAUCAGAUAAUGAGGGAGACCGUCCACAUGCUAGGCAACCCCGAGGAUCACUUGUUGGAGAACGGGAUUCACACCAAAGACCAUUUCUCCAAAGACGGAGACUCCUGGAGGCUGAGAGACACCUGUGUAUGUAUGCAGAACGAUCCGGAGAACUGCGAGAGGUUUUCCAGUCUCGAUCAAAUUGUACUGACCCGUCCGCAUACUGUAGAGUUCGAGGACACGCAGGCCUUCUUGAGUCUGCUCAAACAGAUGCUGCAGAUAGAUCCGGAGAAAAGAAUAACCCCCAACGAAGCCUUGACGCAUCCUUUCAUCACCAUGAAACAAUUUCCUAGCGAUUUCGCCCUUGACCAAAAUGAACCCUCAACCAGUUCGGCGGUACAAAACUGCCAGCAGGACAAUCGCAAUUCGAAAGGUGAAUUGCCAAGCGGCGAUAAAAACACGUCCGUUGCCCAUGACUCCGACAAAAGUGACGGUUCCUCUGACAGACAAAGGAGACUGACGCUUGAAGCCGGCCUAGAAAGCGACACGUCGGAGGAGACUUUGUUGGCCUCCGCUGGUCAAGGAUCUGACGUGGAUAAUGCCUACGCAUCUAUGGAUGAGGAGACUUUGGCUGAAGAAAGAUCAAAGAGAUGUAUUAAAAGGAUUCACCGACUGUUUUCACGGUUGUUCAAAUGA